AUGAUGGCGAGUACCGAGCUUUCGCAAAGUCUGUUGGACAUAAUUUCCUCUCUCACGCAAGAUGACAUCCCAUUCAAACUCCGCUGCGCUAUCUGCAACAACCUAGCUAUCAACGCCUUUCGCCUGCCAUGCUGUGAUCAGGCUAUAUGCGAAAGCUGCCAGACGUCAUUGCCCGAGAGCUGUCCAGUCUGCGAACAUAACCCCGUCUCUCCCGACCUGUGCAAGCCAAACAAAGCUCUCCGUACAACGUUGAAAGCAUUUUUGCGGACAGAAGAGAAGAAGCGGGAGAAGGAUCGUCCGUCGACUACGCCGGCUGUGACCACAGCUCCUACGUCGAACGUUCUUGUCGAGACGCAAGGCGAGCCUGCUAUACCUGCAACCAAAACCGCGGACACUGUUGUAUCUACGGAAACUGUCCCGACUGAAUCAGCUGUAGCUGUUGCUACUGAUAAGCCUUCAGUUGAUGAGAAUGAAGCGCCACCCGGAGCUCCGCCAGUUCAGGGAAAUGGAGACUUAGUUCCUCCUACGGGCGAAAAUGGAAUUGAUCCUGUGUCAGCGAAUAGCGCAUCGAUCGAUCCUGAAGCUACUGAAGGCACCGAAGCUAAGCAUGCGCAAUCAGAAAGUGAACCCAAUCAGGUGUUUCCGAACAUGGGGGCUGGCAUGGCGGGGAUGAUGCCUGGUAUGAACUGGGGCGGCCAGGAUAUGAGCGCGAUGGCACAAUUCAUGCCCAAUGCAAUGGGUAACUUUGCAAACACCAUGGGAAUGCCUGGAAUGGGUCCGAUGAAUGCAGCUCAAGGAAUGUUCGGGGGUUUUGGUAUGAACAUGAGUAAUAUGAGCAAUGGCAUGAACAUGGGAUAUGGCACUGAGCAGCAAAUGUAUAACAAUUGGGACAACUCUCAGAACAAUAUGUACAAUGCAAAUCCGUACUCGAAUGGCAUGGGCCAAGAUUAUGGUACCUCUGGAUAUGCUGGAUACAUGUCCCAACCCAACGGGAACUAUUCUCAAAUGCAGCAAUACUCUAACCAAAAUUUCCAAAAUGGCUACUAUGGAAAUGGCCCUGGCUAUAUGAGAGGCAUGGGACGAGGCCGUGGCCGCGGCUUCUAUCGCGGUCGUGGUGGGUACGAUCAUGCUAACUACUACCAGCAGAACUAUCAGAAUAAUGUAUCUCAAGAGUCCGUGAACCAGGGAGGUGGACAGACUGAGGAUGAUAUCCAAAAGUUCAACAACGAAUUGGCUCCGGGUGGCAGUGAUGAUUUCUCAGAAGGCCCCAAAGAUAGUACUAUAAUCGGACCAGAAGAUGCGAACGCCGCUGACGGUACAGACCGGACUGAUAAACCGUUGGAAUCUGACAUCAACGGUGAACCCACUAGUCGUGACGAGGAGCCUACCUCUCAGUUACAAGGUAUCCCUACUAUUGACAGUAUUGAUAGCGCGCCACCGCAGGCUAUGAGUCCUAUGGGUUACUCUAGAGGGCCAGUGCCUGUCCUGGAUCAAGGUUAUGGUCGUGGUAGAGGUUUCGGACGAGGAGGCUUCAUGAGCCAUCGCGGUGGUUAUUACAACAACGUGCAAGGUCCACCCACUGGACAGGGCGUUGUUGGGGCUCCGCUAGCACCCCGUGCCAUGCGUGAAGGCAUUAACAGGGGCGGGUUAUUGUCGGGAUCAAGGCGAACUGCUUCAAUCUCACAGACAGCAGAGAACAGUUCACGCGGUGCAACUCCAACAAUAGCCCAAGAAAAUGUGGUUGCGCACUCACCGUCUGUUGUCGACCAUAAGCCACGUUCCUAUUCGCCAUCCAGAGAAAGAUCUCCCAGACCAUCACGCCCUCAGUCACCGCCAAGUCCGGAAUCUCGACAGUCGCGGAUUCGUCGGCGAGACCGAUCCGAAUCUGCUCGUGGUAGUGUCGAUGUCGCGCUCACGCUCACCCUCAGAGCGGCGCUCAUCCCAUCGUUCUGCCGCAGUGUAAGCCGACAUCGUGAUCGCGGGUCUGCCGCAGCAACGAAUGGCGACGAUAAAUAUGACCUUGCGCGACGAAUCGCCAAUGCCCAGCGCCUUGGUAAAGGGUCUUCAAGCCGCCAUGAAAAAGACUCGCGUAAGCGUGAUCGUUCCGAGCGCGAAAAACGUCAUGACAAUGGAAGCGACCGCGACACUGACCGAGACAGAGACCGCCGUCACGAACGAGACAAACCGCGUGACAGGGACCGCGAUCGAGACCGCGAAAAAGAUCGCAAACGCUCUCGUCGCGACCGUUCUCUGUCGGGAGACGAAAGCGACUCUUCCCGACGACAUUCGCGCCGUUCCAAACGCAGCCAUCGUGAAGGGCGUGAUGUCGGUGAAAUGGAAAGGCCUUCAGAAAGAGGCACGACUUCGACUAAAGAUCCACAUACUUUAGAGCGCGAAGCUCGCAAUCGUGAGCGGUUGAUGAAGGAGAAACAACGCCGCGAUGCAAUGACUACAGAGCGCGACAGCAAGAGUUCCCACCGUCAACAUGACCGAGAGACGAACAGUGGACGAAGGCUCAACUACAAGUAUGAAGGUGAUGAUGAUGACAUGUCUCGCGUGGAGGAAGAGCGCGAGGCUGGCCGGUGGCGAUAG